AUGCAACGGCUGCUACUUGUACGAUGGCAUCGGCUUCUGCGCCUUGAGCGGCAGGCACCCUCCUGGUAUCGGGAGCGUUUACGCGAAGAGCUGCUGGAACGUCGCGAGGCUCUGACUCCGUUGCAGAGACUGAGCGAGACUGCCGACGUCUUUUACAUUCUCAGCCGUGCCGUGCAUGAUGGCUAUCCGCUUCAGAGCGUGCCGCCGUUCAAACCGAUACGUCACAUUCUCGUCUACGCCUACAUGGUCUUCAAAUACACAUCCAGGUGGCUGUUUUACCGCGUGGCUGCCAAGGCUUGCCGUUCCGCCAAUGCCGGCCAGGUGCGAGAAGUGAUCAAUCCAGCCAAGAAGCACAAGGUCGGGGAGGUGGCCUCUCGCCAUGCACUUACUCGCUCAAUUCGCCAUCGUCCCGACAUGACCAGCAACAUGGCUACAACGACGGUGUCGCAGGCAUCCGCGGCUACGGUCGCUACCGAUAUCGGCUCUGACCCUGCGUCUGACAAGAAGCCCGUUAUCAUCGGAUUGUACGGACUUCCGGGGUCUGGAAAGUCUACUUUGAUGAAGGAGAUAAAGCUUCAAGUUGGCCACGAAAGCUUUCUCUUUUACGAGGGAUCUGAGUUGAUAUCCACCCUCGUUGCUGGAGGCCUUGCCGCUUUUGAGAAACUUGACCAACAGCAAAAGCGCCUGGUGCGGGAGCGGGCAAUGACCAGUGUUACAGAAGAGUGCUUGGCUCAAAACCGCGCUGCUCUGGUUGUUGGCCAUUACAUGUUUUGGCCAGAAGGUGAAGCCGCAGGCGACGUUGUUAUCACUGCGAGAGACCUUGGCAUAUAUACACACAUCAUCUAUCUGAAGGUGCCAGUCGACGCCAUUCGCCAACGUCGGCUGGGCGACACGCACCGGCAUCGCCAGCCCGUGUCCACUGCACACUUGGAGCAGUGGCAGAGCGCCGAGAUUGACCAACUCCACGGGCUUUGUAGACAGCAUUGUAUCUUGUUCACAACUAUCCCGCCGCAUUCCGAGCCGUUCCCUUUUGCCUUGAAGUUGGUGCGCCAUUUCGAGCAGACCAACGCGAGACGCAACCUCGCUCUCGUCAUGAGCAAGGUCAAAGUGGCACUUGAGGGCGAGGAGCGCGCAGAAACUGUCUUGGUUGUCGAUGCGGAUAAGACUCUGGCGGGAGACGACGCCGGUUCCAUGUUUUGGCAGGCUGCAAAUGGUUCUAGCCAAGAUGCAUUGGAGAUGUGCCCGCUCAAGAACCUUUUCAGCAGUCCGCUCGGCUAUUCCGAGGCCGCAUUUCGCCAGGCAACGCUCUUGUACGAAGAAGCUACCAACGAGACGGACUUUGAGGCCCUGUGCGAGAAAAUCGCCUCCUCGAUUACUCUACACCCUGAGUUUAUCACCCUUUUUCGGCUGGCUUGCAGCCACGGGCACAUACGAGUUGUUGUACUGACCUGCGGAAUUCGACGCGUCUGGCAAAUUGUUUUGGACAAAGCUGGCCUUGGGCACAGCAUCAAAGUCGUUGGUGGUGGUAGGAUCACGGAUGAGGUUGUAAUGACCCCGGAGACCAAGGCACGAGUUGUCUCGAGUCUUCGAGAGCAAUCCGGCCUCUAUGUUUGGGCCUUUGGAGAUAGCACACUUGACUUGCCAAUGCUCGAGGCAGCCAACAGGGCCAUUGUCGUCUCUGGUGACACUCGAACUCGAAGUUGCAGCAUGGAGAGCGCCCUUCGCGAAGCCAUUGAUACCCGCAGAUUCUGCCCCAAGCAAGUGCUCCUCCCGCCGCACGCCACUCCACGCUUAGACGCUACAACGCUGCCGCUACUAGCAUUCUCUGAUGCCGAUUUUGUCCAAGAGAUCGUGCGCCGCCGCGGCACAGAGGCAAAUGCCGCCGUCUCCAGGUCCGCGCCGACUUGCAGCGGCACCGUGGUCCACGCCACGGACACCGGUGCGGCAAGACUGCUCAUGUCUCCGACUCGCGAUGCCUCGGUAGCCGGAGCAGAACUCAGGCUCGCUCACGAGGAGGUUGGCAAGUACCUGGCGCUGCGCUAUCUCACGGAAGUGAUUGGUGUUGAGAAUUUCCAUGUACCACAUGUGCAGGGCCACCAAACCACCGGGUUCCGCCUUGCUCACGAAGCCCAGACGACAAUCAUUGCGCUCAUGCGUGGCGGGGAGCCAAUGGCCUUCGGUAUCAGUCGGGUGUUUCCAAGAGCCAUGUUUCUGCAUGCUUUUGGUCCGGAAGACAUCAAGCAUCACCACCUGGAGAACCAAAAGAAUUUGAUUCUGGUCGAUUCAGUGGUCAACAGCGGCAAAAGUAUCAUGGAUUUCCUACGCCAUGUCGCUCGGCUCAAGCAAAAUCUCACCAGAAUUGUGGUGGUGGCAGGAGUGGUUCAGAAGGAAGCGGUCGCUGACGGCCAUGCUUUGCGAACGGAGAUGGAGCAGCAUCAGGUCAACAUGGUAGCCCUGCGAGUAUCAGACAAUAAGUUUACAGGGACCAAAACUACAGAUACUGGAAACCGGCUCUUCAAUACUACUCAUCUGGCCUAA